AUGCAGACAACAGAAACAGUUACAACAUCAAAUAUUGAAUUAAACGAAAAGAAAGAUAAUGGAUUAGUAGUAAAUAAAGAAAAAAAACGAUCGCGUUUUCGAAGUCCGGUCAGAAAUUUUUUAAAGUCAAAAAAUGAUGAUGAGAAACCACCACCUUAUUAUCGACUUAAUGAAGAAAAUCAAUAUUCUGAUUUACAAUUUCAAGAGCCAGAGGUCAAAGCACCUGUUUACGCUAUUGUUUUAGCUAUUGCUCUCUUUCUUAUCGGUUCUGUGAUGAUUAUAUUAGGUGCGUUAAUGUUAACUCGUCGCAUAGAAACACAAUAUAGCGAUCGUACAUGGCCAUUAAUACUUGUAGGAACAUUGAUUUUUCUACCAGGUUUUUAUCAUUUACGUAUUGCUUAUUGGGCAUGGAAGGGAGAUCAAAAUUUCUCAUUUGCUGAUAUACCUGAUCUUGAUUGGUUCUGA